AUUAGAACUAUGGCAGGUGCUGGAACUCAGGCGAAUAAGGUCUCCAUGCCCAAACCGAGUGAUUCUCUCUUGAGAGGAGUGAAACUAAAGCGCUGGGAUGACGAAAUGACUCCACACGUGUGCGAAGUGAGAGCCGACGAGUUGGGCCUCGUGCUUGGUGUGGUAGCCGAGGGAAAGGAAACAACUUGUCUAGAUACAGCUCUCAUCAGUGACGUCAGGGUUGGGACAUCUGCAAAGGCUCCAAAGGAUGCCAAAACAAGAGAAGCUCUUCUCGAGGGUUCUUGUCCUUUGGACAACAGACUUGUCACUGUUGUGUAUGGCAGCAGCAUGUUUGAGAUGCAAUUUGCAAACUUUGCUGCAUUUUCUCUUGAAACAGCGAACGAAUUUGCUGCUGAUGUGAACUUUAUAACUCGCAAUGUGUUUCGUAAUAAUGACAAUGUCAACAACUUUUUACGAAAGGGAUAUGCCAAGCUGUGCUUUUUAGCGAAUUCAGACGGUCUUCUUCCCAUCAAACAUGUCACUCAGCUACUGGCACCGUCCACUAAGGAGGAAAAGAAACAGUUCGAGGAAGCUCUACGCGGCGUUGCUCUACCAUCUGGAAAGGAUGAUAUGAUCAAUUUGAGUAAUUUUAGUUUCGACGUCUUCUAUCAUCUCUAUUGCAGCUAUGUGAAGAGGACGGACUUAGAGGCUUUGCUUCUUGAUUUGAGUGGAGGAAAGAAGCCAUUUCUAUCGCUUCCUCAACUUCGAGAUUUACUAAACAAGACUCAACGUGAUCCACGUCUCAACGAAAUUCUCCAUCCCUUUUACUCUGACGACCAAGUCGACGCUCUAAUUAAAGAAUUCGAAGCCAACGUAUCAAUGACAGAGAAAGGUAACAUGUCACUCCUCGCUCUCCAGAAACUUCUACAAAGCAACGAGAAUCGGCUCAUUGAUCUCAUGCAGCUGGACAUGUCACACGACAUGACGCAGCCGCUCUCCCACUACUUCAUGAACAGCAGCCACAACACGUACCUCACGGGUCAUCAGUUGACGGGAAAGUCAUCGGUUGAAAUCUACCGGCAAGCUCUUCUGUCAGGAUGCAGGUGUGUUGAGUUGGAUUGUUGGGAUGGAGAGCAGGAGCCUGUCAUUACACACGGAUAUACAAUGGUCACAGCGAUUGUCUUCAAGGAUGUUAUUAAUGCGAUCAACGAAACUGCGUUUGUCACUUCCGACUAUCCGGUCAUACUCUCGUUUGAAAAUCAUUGCAGUGUCAAACAGCAGCAGAAGAUGGCUCAAUACUGUCGAGAAAUUUUCAAAGACAAGCUGUUGGUGAUGCCCUUGGACGACAUCCCUCUUCAAGAAGGCGUCGCAUUGCCAAGUCCAGAAAGACUGAAAGGGAAGAUAUUGAUAAAGAACAAGAAAAAGGCGGCAGCAAAAGGUAGGUGGCCAACUGUCAAGUUAUACCCCGUUUACAUGAGCACGCAUAGCAGGCCAAGCGAAGCUGUACCAGGCUGUGUCAGCCCAGUAUUCCAGCCCUCCUUUAGACGACACACUCUUUAGAAGCAAGCCAAUGUGUGUCAUUAAUGUGUGUUGGUUGCUUGAGAUUGACAUACCGUAUUCGCCCGUAAUAAUGCCUAUACCGAAAUACAGUAAGACACCACUUAUCCAACACUCAGUUAUCCGACAGCACGGAUUAUCCGACGGUGCAUGGCUUGUCUGAACUGCAAGGCUGUGUAUGCGCUAGGAUAUACGAUUCCUGUGCGUACAGUACUGUAUCCGUGGUCAUGUGUUGUCAAAUUGAAUAUGAAGCUCCAGAAACGGUUCUUCAGUACCUGGAAGAACAACCUGAAGUUUCAG